AUGGACCACGUGAAGGAUGCGAUCAAUACCCGUCUGCUGGUGGCGACGCUCGUGGCCCCCAUGACUUUUGCAGCUGGUUUCGCAGUUCCUGGAGGAUUUAACGGCCCGGACACGGCCUCCAAAGAUGAUUGGGGCAUGGCUAUGAUGCUAGACAAGAAAAUGUUCCAGGCCUUUGCGAUUUGCAACACCAUCGCCAUGUUCUGCUCAAUGAUCGAGGUGGUCAACCUCAUCUGGGCGCAGCAAAACAUCGUCUACAUGGCAAUAGCUGCAUACCAGCACAUGAUACUGCUGCUAACAAUCGCACUCCCGGCGAUGUCCGCCACAUUCUUGACUGGCGUCACCUUGACAGUUGGCCCGAAGGAAGUAAAGCUAUCUAUAGGAGAGGAGGAGGUUGGCACGAUCGGGGUGGAGGUCCUGAAGGAUGAAGAAGGAGUUUCCCUGAAUAAUGCAUCGGAGACUGCGGAGCAACAAUAUCCAGCGAAAGUGUAUGUAGCUGCUAGAGAACUGGCCGAUGUCAUCAAAGACGCCAAUGUCGAAGAUAUCACUUGCACGGUCGAUACACUUUCCCGUCAAGCUGAUUCGUCUGCCGUUUUCAAUUUCGGGAGGCUUUGGAGGGGUUCGCUGCUCCACAUUGCAGCAGCCACCGGCAAGAGCACCAUCAUAACGCUUCUGCUUGAUCAUGUCGAUGCCCACCUCAUAGCCGCCAAAGAUGAUUGGGGGAAUACUCCCCUCCACAUCGCCACUAAGGCCAAGGCCUUUGAAGUAGCCGAUAUGUUGAUUCGCCGGGCAAGAGACUUCCCCCUCGACGAGAACAUCCUGAGGAUGAAGAACAAUGAUGGAAACACCGCCUUGCACGAGGCCGUGCUUACAGGUGACGUUUGCCUGGUGCGCCAUUUAUUGAGGGAAGAUUUGGAGCCCGUGUACUGGGAGAACGUCGACCAGAAAUCUCCCUUGUACCUGGCCCUCGACUCUGGCAACUCCAAGAUACUUGAGGUUUUAUUUUCGGAAUCACUCGACCCAUCGAAGAUACGAGGCUUGCCGCCCGUUCAUGGUGCCGUUGCGCGUAAUCAAUAUGAUAUAGUCGAGAAGAUAUCUAAACGGAACAUGAAGCUAUUUGCAAUGAUCGACUCUCGAGGCCGUAAUGUGUUCCAUUUAGCAGCUUUCUUGAACAAGCCUCAAGUACUCAAAUUCUUACAACCAGAAACUGCAUAUUUGGCUCGACAAUGGGACUUCAAUGGGGAUCUUCCCAUUCAUAUUGCGAGCAAGAUGAAUCAUAUUGCACUAAUCGAGAAUCUACAUCCAGUAUCACAGUCGAAAAAUAGACAAGGACAAACCGUUCUUCAUGUGGCAGCAAAAUAUGGCAAAGAAAAAGCAGUGAGCCAUAUACUCAAACAUCCGGAUCUGGGGAAGAUGAUAAAUGAAAGAGAUCAUGAUGGAAAUACAUCUUCUCACUUGGCAGCGAAGCAUUUACAAUUUGCCGCUUUGAUCCAUCUUGUGCUGGAUGAAAGAAUGAACCCCUCCCUUCUGAACCACAAACGCUUGACUGCUGUCGACAUUGCUCAAAAUCACUCAAGGAGGGGAUUAUGGGAGGGAUUGGCAACCCUGCUGUUAUCAAGAGUGUCACGUAGGAGACCAGAUCGAUUCAUAAUUGAGCCGGAAGCUCCACACAAAUCGCACGCUCACGGAAGUUUGCCAGACCGUAAAGAAAUGGGUGAAUUUAUCAAUACCUUCUUGUUGGUGGCAACGCUUGUGACCACUGUGACUUUCUCAGCUGGUUUGGCAGUUCCUGGAGGAUUGAACGGCUCAGACACGCCAUCCAAAGAUGAGCAGGGCAUGGCUACGAUGCUGAACAAUAGAAUGUUCCAGGCCUUCGUGAUUUGCAACACCAUCGCGAUGUCAUGCUCAAUGGCCUCGGUCGUUUGCUACAUAUUUGCGUACAUGACUGAAAUCCGCCUAUCGAUAUUUGCAUUCAAGCUUGCAGGACUGCUACUAGCAAUUUCCUUCCCGCCAAUGUGGGCCGCUUUCUUAAUUGGUGUCACCUUGACCGUUCAAAAACUCCAUUGGCUUGUCACCGCGAUAUUAAUUUCGGUACCCAUUCUCGUCCUCAUUAUCGUAUCUGCUUUAUUAUCACCGUUCGUUAUUAUAUUAUUUAUCUACCUUCCCCACUUUCGGAACUACCUUCGUCCUAUCCGUCCUCUGGUGUCCGGGCUUCUUCUCACUUACGUGAGAAUUUUUCAAAUUGAGACGACGCCCAUUUCGGAUAAGUCAGAAGAAGACGAAACGGCGAGCAAGACCUCUACUAGUCCGCCUUUGGAUGGUGGCGAUGAAAAUUGA